AUGGGAACGCCUGGACGUCCGCGAUGUCCUGCGACCAUGAUCCGUCGGAAACACCAUGACCCCUACAGUCAGGAAGAGGCUGCCGAUCUUGAAGCCCUGGCCCUGGGCGAUUCUGGCACCGGGGCCGCACUGGAAGCAAAUGAAGGCAAGGCCUGGGUAAUGCGGCCGCCCAUCGUGGCAGACUGCAACACUGUGGGAAUUCUGUCAACCGAAGAACUGGAAGCCUGGGUCAACAGCCUCUCAAGCUUGGAAGAGCUCACCCUUUCGGGGCAAAAUCUGGCCCACCUCAUCCCAUCCCAUGGUCCCUUUAUCCCGUGGGACCUGUUUCAAGAUCCUCAAGCACAGGCCGCCCGAAAGAUUCGUGUUGGAGAUCUCCUUCCGCCUGGCGAUGCUGGCCUACGGUCGAAACGAUGGCACAGCACUGCACAGCUUAGCACCCCCAUGAUGCUGGAAGUGGAACCAAAGUUUUGUUGCAAGUAUGGUCCCGCUGAUUACAACGAGCAAGAGAUGACGGCUCUCGCCGAAUUGGAAAAUGCCAAGUCCGCGGAGGCAGUGGAGGCAGCUUUUCAGAACAUUGGUGCUUUGGAUGAAGAUGGUUUUCACCCUCGCAUCGUCCGUGCCCUCUACGACAAAAUUCACGGCCUUGCACGAGGAGGUCGCGCGGACGGCCCAAGGGAAGCAAACGCCCUGACAAAGAUGGCCGCUCGCUUGGCCGUGGCCGGUCAAGAGGGCGGGGUCGUGGGAAGUCGGGUCGCGGGAAUGGAGCUAAAAAGAGACCCGCAGCAGAAGCUUUGUCUGCGACAGACAAGGGAGGAGGCACAAGGUGCACAAGAUCAGCUGGAGGAUCUCUUUGGAGAGAAGGCUGCUGCCCGGGGGGUGCAGCAUCUGCUUCGGUCAGACAUUGGCGUCAGCGAGACACCACCCUGCUUCCUAGCGAAUCAGAAACAAUUAACAUGUAGAUACUCGUGA